AUGUCCCCAUCCAUGCGAUGGGUUGUUGCAAUCGUGGCCUUAGCGGUCAGCGCUGACUCCUUCCAGGUUAGCGCUGACCCCGAGGCAGGCCUCUCGGCCGACUACUCGUCGCAGCUCGCCGAAUGGAAGCUGAACCUGGCGAAAGCCAGACUCCGUACCCUGAAGACCGCGAUCAAGUGGACUCAGCCGGCUGAGGCCGAAGAUUCAGACAACUCGGUGCUCCUUCAGUCACCUUCCGAUUUCUCCUCGCCCAUGGAGCAGGCGGAGACCGUCCUCGUUCAGACAGAGGCCCCGAGCACAUCUUCGGAUCUGACCUUCUUCCAGCAGCUUUCCCAAGACAUCCAGAGCGAAGGUGUCUUCCACUAUUUCGUCUCGCGUGCGGCCUUCUGGAUCGGCGUCUCCUCCGCCUGCAUGGUGAUGUGCCUACUUCAGCUGGCCUGCUGCACCCCCUACGCCGACGAGGGAGAGUUUGCCCUCGAGGACGAUGAUGCAGAGGCCUAG